AUGGAAAUCCAGUGCCACGCCUGCAUUGGUGGUACUAGUGUCCGCGACGACAUGAAGGCCCUCCAGGACGGCCCUCAGGUCGUUGUUGGUACCCCCGGCCGUGUCCAUGACAUGAUCCAGCGUCGCGUCCUCAAGACCGACCACAUGAAGAUGUUCGUCCUCGACGAGGCCGACGAGAUGUUGUCUCGCGGUUUCACCGAGCAGAUCUACGACAUCUUCCAGCUCCUGCCCCAGUCCACUCAGGUUGUCCUUCUGUCCGCCACCAUGCCCCAGGACGUCCUCGAGGUCACCACCAAGUUCAUGCGCGACCCCGUCCGCAUUCUCGUCAAGAAGGACGAGCUUACCCUUGAAGGUAUCAAGCAGUUCUACAUUGCCGUCGAGAAGGAGGACUGGAAGCUCGACACCCUGUCCGACUUGUACGAAACCGUCACCAUCACCCAAGCCGUCAUCUUCUGCAACACCCGCAGAAAGGUCGACUGGCUCACCGACAAGCUCACUGCCCGUGACUUCACUGUCUCCGCCAUGCACGGCGACAUGGACCAGGCCCAGCGUGAUGUCAUCAUGAAGGAGUUCCGUUCCGGAUCUUCCCGUGUCCUCAUUGCCACUGACCUUCUUGCCCGUGGUAUCGAUGUCCAGCAGGUCUCCCUUGUCAUCAACUACGACCUCCCCGCCAACCGCGAGAACUACAUCCACCGCAUCGGUCGUGGUGGACGUUUCGGACGAAAGGGUGUUGCCAUCAACUUCGUCACUGCCGACGAUGUCCGCAUGAUGCGCGAAAUUGAGCAAAUGUCUGCAUAUGAUAGACUUAGGAUGCUUAGUUGA